AUGGCAGGAUUAUUUGAUAAACAAGCUGAUCUGUACCUAGACGCCAGACCAAAUUAUCCAUCGGAGUGGUUCUCGAAGCUCGCCGAUCUCACCGAUCACCACGGUUUAGCAUGGGAUGCCGCCACCGGCAAUGGCCAAGCUGCUCUCGCCGUUGCAGAUCACUACGAGAGAGUCAUAGCGACGGACGUGAGCGAAUCGCAGCUGAAGGUGGCAACGCCGCAUCCGAAGAUCGACUAUCGCCAUACGCCGUCCUCGAUGACCGACGACGAGCUAGUGGAACUAAUCGGAGGAGAGAACUCGGUUGAUCUGAUCACAGUCGCUCAAGCCGUACACUGGUUCGAUCUCCCUAGAUUUUACGCAGUUGCGACGCGCGUCCUCCGUAAACCCGGCGGAAUUAUCGCCGUGUGGGGCUACAACGACGUCUUGGUGACACCGGAGUUCGACGCGGUCCAGUAUCGGUUCCACGCCCAAACGCUGCCGUAUUGGAAGUAUCCGAACAUUCAGCACGUCUUCGAUUCGUACGAUGCAUUGCCGUUUCCUUUCGAGAGUGUGGGGAUGGGAUCGGAAGGGAAGCCAUUGAAGCUGGAGAUGCCUAAAACGACCUCGUUUGAAGGGAUCAUAAGGAUGAUCAAAUCAUGGUCGGCUAUCGUGACGGCGAAAGAGAAAGGCGUCGAUUUGUUACCGGAGAGUUUGGUGAGAGAGCUUGAGACCGCCUGGGGAGGAUCUGGUCUGAUUCGUCCCGUCGUUUACAAAGCUUUUAUGAUUGCAGGAAAAGUUGGAGUUUGA